GAAAGAGUCUGUCCAGUUUUGCGCUUUUUGAGCAAUCUUUCAUCUCCACCUUCAUCACCCUAAGCAAAAAUGAGCGAAGAAAAUGGAGUAUCCUCAGCUCCAAAGCGUGCUCCACGCUUAAACGAGAGGAUCCUCUCAUCUUUGUCUAGGAGAUCCGUUGCCGCUCAUCCUUGGCAUGAUCUUGAGAUUGGACCUGGAGCCCCCCGAAUCAUCAACGUUGUGAUUGAGAUACCCAAAGGCAGUAAAGUGAAAUACGAACUUGACAAGAAAACCGGUCUUAUCAAGGUUGAUCGUGUGUUGUAUUCAUCGGUCGUCUAUCCUCACAAUUACGGUUUCAUUCCUCGGACUCUAUGCGAAGAUAACGACCCGAUGGACGUGUUAGUCAUUAUGCAGGAACCUGUCCUUCCUGGUUGUUUUCUUCGAGCCAGAGCCAUAGGCCUGAUGCCGAUGAUUGAUCAGGGGGAAAAAGAUGAUAAGAUCAUUGCGGUAUGUGCUGACGACCCAGAGUAUCGCCACUUCACUGAUAUCAGCCAGCUCCCACCUCAUCGUCUAGCUGAAAUCCGCCGCUUCUUUGAAGAUUACAAGAAGAACGAGAACAAAGAGGUCGCAGUAGACGAGUUCUUGCCUUCCGAUACUGCCGUGGACGCCAUUCAGCACUCCAUGGACCUUUAUGCCGAGUACAUCCUGCACUCUUUGAGGAAGUAAGAUGUGUUCGUUCCCAUUUGAGGCAAAGCUUACCUGAACGAAACGUCGAUUAUACUGCUGCAAUUUUCGACAUAAUUUGCGUUGUGAAAUUAUUUUUCGGUUGUUCCUAUCAAACAAUCUUAUUCGGAAAAGUUUUGUACUUUGAACAGCUUAAAUUUACAUACUGAUACUGGCUUUAUUCAAUAUUGUGUUCGGAUUUACUCUUUAACUUUUGAGGUUGCAAGAGAGGUAGUUGUUGCUGAUCUAA